UAAGUGGUUUUUGAACGGACGCUCCAGCAGCUCCAGCAGAUGAACGAUUCAUUUCUCUUCCGUUCAUGUAUCUUUGGCUCUAUUCUCCUAUCUAACCACCACCACAGAAGCUGGACUUUGCCCUAUCGGUCUCACGGCGUCGCUGGUUUCACGACUCUCGGACUCCAGUUUCAUUUUACUCACGGCCUCUCUCACAAACGAAGAAAAAAAGUUAAGGCGAUUGAGGAGACUGGCCUUGCAAGACCACUACCUGCAACUCCAAGUUUUCUUCCUUCAAAGUGGCGGCAGUAAAUCCUAAAUAUGUUUCUUCUUUUCCAUCUUUAUUCAAAUUUAAAGUUAUAAUUUUAUUUCGUACUUAUAUGUUUUAGAACAAUUCUAAAAAUCAUUUACAGUUUUACUUAGCAAUUAGUGUGAUUUUGUAGUUAAAAAUGGAAUUGGUAUUAAUGCUCUAGCAUCUAGACUGUGGAGUGAUGCUCAAUAUGUGUUCGAUGAAUUGCCUCAGCGAGAUAGAGGGUGCAGGACUGAGCCAUUAGCCAUGCCAUCUUAAAGCUCUUAUUCUUUCCAGGAUUUUCCACUCAGGCUCUCUUAUCAACUUUUAUAGGAAAUGCAGGGAUAUGUCAAGACUUGGAGCUAUAGUUUUACUGAUAUCAACACCAGUUCACUGCCAGAAUUUCAUCCUCAUUCAUAAGAAGACUGAUAUAGUUUUAGGUUUGACCACAGUCAAGAACGAGGAUAAGAUGAAAGUCUCUAAAAUUUUGGGGGUAAUGAAGGUAAACUGCAAUGAUAAAUUUGAAGAGAACAAUAAGAAGUGAGGUGGUGGAAUCAUGGGCUUAGGAUCCCAAGCCAAUCAUUUUUCAAGGUGACAUGGUGUAUGAUGUGGCGUCUUACAAUGCCACGAGGGUUAUGAGCAUCGGUGGUUUUUGAACGGAUCCUCCAGCUGAUGAACGAUUAAUUUCUCUUUCAUUCAUGUAUCUAUGCUCCCAUCUCUUAAAUGUCAUCACAGAUUUCCCUCUUUCUGAACACCAUAGAAGGUUGAUUUUGCCCUAUGGGUCGACUGAGAGUGGCAAUGGUUCUGAUGUUCUUGGACUCCAGUUUUGUUUCACUUCCGCCUCUCUCACAAAUGAAGAAAAAGGUUGAGGCUCAUAGAGGCCAUUGAGGGGGCUGGCCUAGCAAGACCACUAGCUGUGACAAGUACAAGUGUACAACUACGACUUUUCUUCCUUCAAUGUGGCGGUAAGUGUUCAAAUUUCUAUGUGUUGUUUAUGCUGGAGUAGUGCCUUUAAUAUUUCAUUUCUAAUGAGUUUACUCAAUGCUCAGGGUAUAAAAGUUCAAUUCUAAGGCCUCAUCAAUCCAUCUUCAUUAUCAUUUUCUUUCUAUUGACUUUUUAUGUAUUCAUCUUAUCAUCGAAUAAGAAAAUUUAUAAUGAGAAGAUGCUUAUAUGAAUCUCAUAUUUUCUUACCACAACUCACUCACUUUCAAAUUUUCCUCUUUUUCUAGAAUCCUCAAGCUUGAAACUAUAAGUAACCUUUUUCUUCCUUCUCAUGAUUUACUAUGAGACUCCAUAUAUGCUUGCAAUUGUUGUAAUUCAUUAUCUGCCAUGAGGUAGGUUAUGUGGCGUUGGGGUAAGCCGAAAUGUUGCAACCGUUUCUUUCUCAUUAUUCUGGUCAGAUCUAUUGCAUCCUUUGUCUUUGUAGGCGUUGAUGGAUUUUUGGCUGAGCUGGGGACGGGGGGAAACACCUCCAUUGUACGAGCAAUGGUUGUUGAGGUCAUUGAAGACUUGAAGCUUAUGGAGCAAAAACAUUGAUGUUCACGUGCUCUUUGAAGGAAAUUUUAGAAAACUCCAUGUAAUCGAACACAUUUCCCCUUCCGUCACCUAUAUUAUUUAUUAGUAUUCAGGUCAUCUUCAAUGCAAAUUUAAGCUAGAUUUUAGAUUUAUUUUUUGUAAUGUGUUACUGUUCCAUGGAGUCUGCAAUUUAGGUGCUGAAAUUUGAAAUGGACUUGCAAUUUAGGUGCUGAAAUUUGAAAUGGACUGCUUUUACAUUAAUUUAUAGUCACGUACAGCUCAUUUUUAGGGGAACUGAAUGAGUGAGUGGUUCUAUGGACUAAUUGAAGGUUAAAAUCAAAUCUUUUAAGAUGUGCUUGGAUGGAGAGUUUAGCAAGGGGCAGUUUUGAGUAUUCAGCUUUUAGCUUUAUCUUGAUAAUUGAAAUUGUUCAAAAGGUGUAAACUUUGGUGCUUUUAAUGAUCUUUUAUUAGACUUUAUUACUUUCCGCGUUGUUAUCCUCUAUGAAUUAGGACUAACAAGCACAUUUGUUAUUAUAAGAAUCAAUAGCUGGUUUAAGACAGAAAUAUUUGGAAGGCCUCAGAUGGAGAAGAUUUGAUGGCGAAGGCUAGGUUGGAAUGUGCUAUCUCCAUAUAAUGGUUGGGCGCAAAGUUAUUUUGUGAUGGCUGUGUUUUUUGCUAGGAUCUUGAGAGGCUUGAAGCUCAAAUAUCAACUGUGGUUCAAGUAUGAACAGUAUCUGAGUAUCAUUAGGUGUAUCCGUGUAUGUUAUACCUAAAGCUAUUUGGUGGAUCUUUAAUUUAGCAUCCUGCAUCGAAGACUGUUUGAGGAGUUAAUUUGUUGAUAAUCAUCAUUCACCUUCCAGGCACUCUUAGGGAAUUGCAAAAAAAAAAAAAAAACCGAGAGAUAUUUCUUCACUUUGAGGGAGAGGUGCUCAUGACAUUGUUGGUGGUCUUUGAACUCAAUAUGGUGUUGGUCCUAAGGUGGCAUUUUGUGUUGUUCUCUUCUCAUCUUUGGCAGCUUUCCACGUAAUACCCAUUAGAAUGGUUUCAAGUUCCGACAAGCUCUUUAAUGCUAGAGUAAUGAUACAAAUGUGGGAUAGAUAAUGUGAUAGGGUCAUUAGGGUGUCUUUUGUGCAAAAUAAUAUAUAGGUAAAAUGUUUUCUAAUUGUAAGUUUUUGUUCAUUGAUUACGAUGUUUUCGGGGUGCUGACUUUCAUGCCCAUAGCUAUAAAUAGAUUUCAUAUUGCUCGCCUUUUACACUUCGGGAGAUUUGUGUCUGUCAUCUUUCCUACACUUCUGGAGAUUAAUUUUGUUUCCUUGCUUCUAUGUCAUUGUGUCCCUGAACCUGGUGUUAACUGGUCCUUAUUCAAACGCUUGCAUUUUGUAUUUUUUGUAGGGUGAUUUAUUGUGCAACAAUUAGAUGAGUUAGUUAAAGAUCAAUAAUCGAGCAGUCUGUUGCAUACUAAACCCAAUUGCGACACAAGAGCACCCUACCAUUCGCACGGGGUUGAAUACUGGUUAUAAUGUAUUACUGGAUUCAACUCAAUUCAUACCUGAAUUGGAAGGGGGGCUUAUAAAUCUCUGCCGCAGGAACUUAUUACUAAUAAAUUAGUCUAUAUAUCUUAUGUCUAUCUUUAGGUUGUUGCAAUUAAUCUCCCCUAGAUGGCCUCAUCAUUAGUUAGUAACCAACAAAAGAUUAUGAUGUAAAUUAAAGAUUAGAGACAAUUAACAGUAUUAUUAUUUAUUUAUUUAUUUAUUUAUUUAUUUCUUGAUUUUUGUCAUGUCUAAUCACACUUGGCAAAGAAAUAAGGAAUGACUACUCCUAGCUCCUCCUCCUCCUUGAAUUAGAGAAGGUAAUUAAAGUAAAGCCGCAUGCAGUGGAGAUGGAAGAGUGAGAUUAGAGACAAUUAACAAACUAUGAAUAAAGGAGAUACGGAGCCCGACCCAUGGUGAUGAUUCCUUCCUUGACCUCAAUCAGAUUUAAGAGAGCAUUAAUUAAGCCAAGGGAAAUUGAAGAACACAGAACUGGCGUGAACAAUAGCAAACUGUUUUCGCCACAAGUUAGAACUAAAUGCUACAAUUCAAUUUCAGCACAAAUUACCUCAACAGAGAUAGAGAACAUGGCUGUAGGAAAAUAUGAAAGAUCAGAAAAGCAUAAAUUACCUCUCCAGAAGAAGAAGAAGAAGAAGAAGAAGUGGGUUAGAAAUCACUCCAAUCAGCUGUGAUUAGAUUCAGGAAUUAAGGAAACGGUAGAUAUAUAGGUUUGGGGUUUAAAUAAGAGCACAAGCAAUGGCAAGUAAAAAAUGAUAUGCCACACGCUGACAUGUCAUUUUCCAACCAAUAAAAAACAGUCCAGUCACAGAGUGGCAAGUGAGUGGACUGGCACACCUUACAGUGGCAAGUCAUUAUUUUUUGUAACUUUCAUAUUUUUUUGAGAAUUUUAAUUAUUAAAGUGCCUCCUAUUUU